AUGGAGUUCAGCCUUCUGCUAUCCAUUUCCAUUCCCGUCGUCUUCUUCUUGCUCCCCGCAGCACUACUGCACGUCUACCGUAAGACCUGGAGCAGCCGCCGCCGGCAGCUGCAGGGGCUGCCGCCUGCGCCACCAGGGUGGCCGGUGAUCGGGCACCUCCACCUGCUCUCCGACAUGCCCCACCGUGCUCUGGCCGAGCUGGCGGCGGCCAUGCGCGCGCCGCUGCUCCGCCUGCAGCUCGGCACCGUCCGCGCCGUGGUGAUCUCCUCGCCGGACCUGGCGCGCGCGGCGCUCACAACCAGCGACGCCGCGCUGGCGUCGCGGCCGCGCCUCCUCGGCGGCCAGGUCCUGGCGCUCGGCUGCUCCGACGUCACGUUCGCGGCGGCCGGGCCGUACCACCGCGCGACGCGGCGCCUGGUCGUGUCGGAGCUCCUCUCGGCGCGCCGCGUCGCGGCGUACGGCAGGAUCCGGGCGGGCGAGGUCCGCCGCCUCCUCGGGCACCUCGCCGCCGCCGCCUCCCCGGCGGCGGCGGCGGCGCCCGUCGUCGACCUCAGCGAGUGCUUCGUCAACCUGGCCAACGGCGUGCUCUUCCGCGUCGCGUUCGGCCGCGGCUUCCCGCACGCCAAGGCGGCCAGGCUCGGGGCGGUGUUCGCCGAGGCGAACGAGCUCUUCGCCGGGUUCACCGCCGGCGACUUCUUCCCGGAGCUCGAGCCCAUCGUCAGCGCCGUCACGGGCGUCCGUCGCCGCCUCAACAGCUGCCUCGCCGAUCUCUGCGAGUUCUGCGACGACAUCAUCGACGAGCUCAUCAGCGGCAAGCGCGAGCGCACCUCCGGCGAUGACGGCAACGAGGACUUCGUCGACGCCCUGCUCCGUCUCCAAAAGUCGCCGGACCUCGAGGUUCCGCUCACCGACGACAACAUUAAGGCACUUGUCCUGGACGUCUUCGUCGCCGGCGCCGACACGUCGCUGGCGGCGCUGGAGUGGGUGAUGACCGAGCUGGUCCGGCACCCCUGCAUCCUCACCAAGGCCCAGGACGAGGUCCGGCGCGCCGUCGGCCGCGCCAAGGGCACGGUGGAGGAGUGGGACCUCGGUGACCUCCGCUACCUGCGCGCCAUCAUCAAGGAGACCUUCCGUCUCCACCCGGUCAUCCCGCUGCUGGUGCCGCGGGAGUCCGUGGCCCCCUGCACCCUCGGCGGCUACGACAUCCCGGCGAGGACGCGCGUGUUCGUCAACACCUACGCCAUGGGCCGGGACCCCGAGGUCUGGGACCGGCCGCUGGAGUUCCGGCCGGAGCGCCAUGGGAGCGCCGCCGCCGGAGAGGUGCAGGUGGAUCUCGUGGACCCGGAGUUCAAGGUGCUGCCCUUCGGCGGCGGCCGGAGGGGGUGCCCCGGGUACGCGUUCGCGCUGGCGACCUUGCAGCUGGCGCUGGCCAGCCUGCUGUACCACUUCGACUGGGCGCUGCCGGCCGGUGUGCGCGCCGAGGACGUCGACAUGGAUGAGAUCUUCGGGCUCUCCACCAGGAAGAAGGAGCCUCUGCUCGUGGUCGUCAAGAGAAACGACGAGUACGAGUUCAAGGGCGGAGAAAAUUACGACAUCUGA